AUGGCAACCCUCCGCACUCCACACUGGCCUUCUCACUGCCCUUUAUCCUUAUGCUGGGAAUGUUCAUCAGAGGUCUGCCAUAUUGUUACGCCGUCCUCCUUCCCUAGGUCUUACCACAGUCUCUCUCUUGCCCCUCUCUUGGAGCCCCAAGGGAAAGCAGCUGGCCGUAUGCGUGAUGGGAAUUGUGGCAACAGACAGUGCACCUGCAAAUACCAAUCAGCCCCAGAGGUUUACUCAAGGACCCUUGAUCUUGCAACUCGAUCUCACCAUGCGGCAAAAGCGCGCUAUACCAUUGAUUAA